CAAACCCCGGCAACAGCCAGGUCGCGCGCGUGGCCGCCGGGCUGCAGAUCAAGAACUCGCUGACCUCCAAGGAUCCCGACAUCAAGGCCCAGUACCAGCAGAGAUGGCUCGCCAUCGACGCCAACGCCCGCAGGGAGGUCAAGAACUUCGUGCUGCAGACCCUGGGCACGGAGACGUACCGGCCCAGCUCGGCGUCGCAGUGCGUGGCCGGCAUCGCCUGCGCCGAGAUCCCCAUGAACCAGUGGCCGGAGCUGAUCCCGCAGCUGGUGGCCAACGUCACCAACCAGCACAGCACCGAGCACAUGAAGGAGUCCACGCUCGAGGCCAUCGGUUACAUCUGCCAGGACAUCGAUCCAGAGCAGCUCCAGGACAAAUCCAAUGAAAUCCUGACUGCCAUAAUCCAGGGAAUGAGAAAGGAGGAGCCCAGCAACAAUGUGAAGCUUGCAGCUACCAACGCACUCCUGAAUUCUUUGGAAUUCACCAAAGCAAACUUUGACAAAGAGUCUGAAAGGCACUUUAUUAUGCAAGUAGUCUGUGAAGCCACACAGUGUCCAGACACGAGGGUACGAGUGGCUGCCUUACAGAACCUGGUGAAGAUAAUGUCCCUUUAUUACCAAUACAUGGAGACGUACAUGGGGCCUGCCCUCUUUGCUAUCACAAUCGAGGCGAUGAAAAGCGACAUAGACGAGGUGGCUCUGCAGGGCAUCGAGUUCUGGUCCAACGUCUGCGACGAGGAGAUGGACCUGGCCAUCGAGGCCUCGGAGGCAGCAGAACAAGGACGGCCCCCAGAGCACACCAGCAAGUUCUAUGCCAAGGGGGCACUGCAAUAUUUGGUCCCUAUUCUAACCCAGACCUUAACAAAACAGGAUGAGAACGACGACGAUGACGACUGGAACCCCUGCAAGGCAGCAGGGGUGUGCCUGAUGCUGCUGGCCACGUGCUGCGAGGAUGACAUCGUCCCCCACGUGCUGCCCUUCAUCAAGGAGCACAUCAAAAAUCCCGACUGGAGGUACCGGGAUGCGGCCGUCAUGGCCUUCGGAUGCAUCCUGGAAGGGCCCGAGCCCAACCAGCUCAAACCUUUAGUAAUACAGGCCAUGCCAACGUUGAUAGAGCUGAUGAAGGAUCCCAGUGUGGUGGUCAGGGACACGACGGCCUGGACUGUGGGCAGGAUCUGCGAGAUGCUGCCCGAGGCCGCCAUCAACGACAUCUACCUGGCCCCGCUGCUGCAGUGCCUGAUGGAGGGGCUGAGCGCCGAGCCCAGGGUGGCCACCAACGUCUGCUGGGCCUUCUCCAGCCUUGCUGAAGCUGCCUAUGAAGCUGCAGAUGUGGCUGAUGAUCAGGAAGAGCCAGCAACCUACUGCUUAUCCUCCUCCUUUGAGCUGAUAGUGCAGAAACUGCUGGAGACUGCAGACAGACCUGAUGGACACCAGAAUAACUUGAGGAGUUCUGCCUAUGAAUCCCUGAUGGAAAUAGUGAAAAACAGUGCCAAGGACUGUUAUCCUGCUGUCCAAAAAACCACCCUGGUCAUCAUGGAGAGGCUCCAGCAAGUGCUGCAGAUGGAGUCUCACAUCCAGAGCACCUCUGACAGAAUUCAGUUCAACGAUCUCCAGUCCCUUCUCUGUGCUACUCUCCAGAACGUGCUGCGGAAGGUGCAGCACCAGGACGCGCUGCAGAUCUCGGACGUGGUGAUGGCGUCACUGCUCAGAAUGUUCCAGAGCACGGCCGGCUCCGGGGGCGUGCAGGAGGACGCCCUGAUGGCCGUCAGCACCCUGGUGGAAGUCCUGGGUGGAGAAUUCCUGAAAUACAUGGAUGCCUUCAAACCUUUCCUUGGGAUUGGGCUGAAAAACUAUGCUGAGUACCAGGUCUGCCUGUCGGCAGUGGGGUUGGUGGGGGACCUGUGCCGAGCCCUGCAGUCCAACAUCCUCCCCUUCUGCGACGAGGUGAUGCAGCUGCUCCUGGAGAACCUGGGGAACGAGAACGUGCACAGGUCGGUGAAGCCUCAGAUCCUCUCGGUGUUCGGGGACAUCGCCCUGGCCAUCGGGGGCGAGUUCAAGAAGUACCUGGACGUGGUGCUCAACACCCUCCAGCAGGCAUCCCAGGCCCAGGUGGACAAGUCCGACUACGACAUGGUGGAUUACCUGAACGAGCUGCGGGAGGGCUGCCUGGAGGCCUACACCGGGAUCAUCCAGGGGCUGAAGGGAGACCAGGAGAACGUGCACCCUGACGUGAUGCUGGUGCAGCCCAGGGUGGAAUUUAUCCUCUCCUACAUCGACCACAUCGCGGGGGACGAGGAUCACACGGACGGGGUGGUGGCCUGCGCCGCAGGACUCAUAGGGGAUUUGUGUACAGCUUUUGGGAAGGAUGUCCUGAAAUUAGUAGAAGCCAGACCCAUGAUCCAUGAACUGCUAACGGAAGGGAGGAGAUCCAAGACGAACAAAACGAAAACCCUCGCCACCUGGGCCACAAAAGAGCUGAGAAAACUCAAGAACCAAGCUUGAUCUGUUACCAUUGGGACGACACCUGAGGACCCCCACUGGAAAAAACAACACCACCACCACCAACACCACCAAGAGAAAAAAAAAAAAAAGGAAAAAUCUCCAAUCUCCUACAAAACCCCCCAAAAAAAACCCCGGGAGUGAGGACGUGUGCGGAAUGUUUGGGAAUGAGAGGAUGCUGAGGAUGAGUGAGUGAGGCUCGGAACAAAAAUCCCAACGUUUGGUGAGAACCCCGGCAUCCAGGAGGGAAUUCUGUGCCCCAAAAAUUCCAAGGAAAACACCAGAAAAACAACAAAAUAAACAGGGGGAAAGAAAAAAACCUGAAAAUUCCCAGGAGCGGCUGAGCUCGGAGGUGAAAAUGAGGGAAAAACGGGGAAAAUUGGGAUUCAAGUGGUGCUCUGUGAGGUUUUGGCUGCUGGAGAGAGAGAGAGAGAGAGAAUGAGGUGGAAAAUCGGGAAUUCCCAGGGAUUUGGGAAUGUCCCAGGGAUUUGGGAAUGUCCCAGGGAUUUGGAAAUGUCCCAGGGAUUUGGGAAUCUCCGGGAUGAGGCAAAUCCCAAAGGAGAGAGAAGGAAUUUCAAGAGGAGUGAGUGUGUGUGAGUGAGGUCAUAUCCACAUUCUCAACUUCCCAAAAAAAUAGAAAAAAAAAGAAAAAAAAAAAGAAUUCAUUGCAGUUUCUCUCUUAUUUUUUUUUUUUCCCAAAAAUCACAAAAAAAAAUUCCGGGAAAAAAAAAAAAGACAAAAAAAUUCAUAAAAAAGACAAAAAAAUAUCUAAAAUAUACAAAAUUUAAGGGUUCAGCUGUUGCAUUUCAUAACUGAGGUUCAGGCAGUAAGAGAUGGGGAAAAAAUAGUAGAAAAGAGGAAAAAAAUUUAAAAAAAAAUUUAAAAAAAAAUUAAGGAAAGUCGCUUUUUUAGGGAUUUUAUUUUUAGGGAAUGCUGAAUGUUCGGAGCUCUUGGCUUGUCCUGCUCAGCAACAAAAGCGCCUUUCCUUCCUUAAAUAUUCAACUGUGAAUGUAGAAAUGGGGGAAAAAACACAAUUUUUGGGUUGCAGGGAAUAGAAAAAUCCAUUUGUCCAGCGAGUUUCAGGCUUGAAAAAUUCCAAAAAAAAAAAAAAAAAAAA